GUCUGAGCUGCCAGCUGAGCGUGAGCUUCACCCUGUUCUCCGCGCCGCGGGCUGGGCUCACCGAGCCUUCUCCCUCACGCCGUGCCGGCGUCGGGCCAUGUACUCGGGGAACCGUAGCGGCGGCCAGGGCUACUGGGAGGACGGGGCGAGCGCGGAGGGCACAGCACCGGCGGGCACGCGGAGCCCCGCUCCUCUCUUCAGCCCCUCCGCGUACGAGCGCCUGGCGCUGCUGCUGGGCUGCCUCGCGCUGCUGGGCGUCGGCGGCAACCUGCUGGUGCUGCUUCUCUACUCCAAGUUCCCGCGACUGCGCACUCCCACCCACCUCUUCCUGGUCAACCUCAGCCUCGGCGAUCUGCUGGUAUCCCUGUUCGGAGUCACUUUCACCUUCGCGUCGAGCCUGCGGAACGGCUGGGUGUGGGACGCCGUGGGCUGCGCGUGGGACGGGUUUAGCGGCAGCCUCUUUGGGUUUGUUUCCAUUACCACCCUCACUGUGCUGGCCUAUGAACGUUAUAUCCGUGUGGUACAUGCCAGAGUGAUCAAUUUUUCCUGGGCCUGGAGGGCCAUUACCUAUAUCUGGCUCUACUCCUUGGCAUGGGCAGGAGCGCCUCUCCUGGGCUGGAAUAGGUACAUCUUAGAUGUACAUGGACUGGGCUGUACUGUGAACUGGAAAUCCAAGGAUGCCAACGACUCCUCCUUUGUUCUCUUCCUGUUUCUUGGCUGCCUGGUGGUACCCAUGGGGAUCAUAGCCCAUUGCUACGGUCAUAUUCUGUAUUCUGUUCGAAUGCUUCGCUGUGUUGAAGAUCUUCAGACAAUUCAAGUGAUCAAGAUGUUAAGAUAUGAGAAGAAAGUAGCCAAGAUGUGCUUUUUGAUGGCCUUUGUCUUUCUCACCUGCUGGAUGCCUUAUAUUGUGACCCGCUUCUUGGUGGUCAAUGGUUAUGGACACUUGGUCACCCCAACUGUGUCUAUUGUUUCUUAUCUCUUUGCUAAAUCGAGCACUGUGUACAACCCAGUCAUCUACAUCUUCAUGAUCAGAAAGUUUCGGAGGUCUCUUCUGCAGCUCCUAUGUUUCCGCCUGCUGAGAUGCCAGCGGCCUGCUAAAAACCUACCAGCAGCUGAGAGUGAAAUGCAGAUCAGGCCCAUUGUGAUGUCACAGAAAGAUGGCGACAGGCCAAAGAAGAAAGUGACCUUUAACAACUCCUCCAUCAUCUUUAUCAUCACCAGUAAUGAGUCCCUGUCAGUUGAGGACAGUGACAGAAGCAGCGCAUCUAAGGUUGAUGUCAUCCAAGUGCGCCCUUUAUAAGAACAGAAGACAGAGUCUUGUAUCAGCUGCCACACAGUGUCACUGUCAGGAGUGCCCCAGAGUCCCCAUUUGGUAUAAUACUGAUGGAACCUCUGUGGCCCUGCAGGAAGUCUGAAUUGCCCAUAUGUUGUCUGUAUUCAAGAAGGGACUGAGCAGGACAAAUGAUUUUAACUCAAGGGUGCUCCGUAACCUGAGAAACUCCUGGUGGCACAAGAUGACCAGCUGGCAUCAUCAUCUUCUAUGCCAGGAUUUAAUAUCUGAACAACUGUAUUUGCCAAAGCACACAAUACAUUUUGUUUAUCAAAUGUAUUUCACUAUAAAAUAACUGUCUCGUAUACACGUGUACAAUGACCAGAACAUCUGGAAUACAUGGUGGCAGUGUUGGGUCCUAUUCUGUGCCAUGUUGUAUGUUUGACCAAUUCAAUUUAUUGAAGAGAUAAUAAAACAAUCCCUACUUUUAUCUGAAAACCAAA